AUGGGUCGACCAAAAACUAAUUCUCAUAUAUAUAUAAUGAAUACUCAUAUGACAAUAAAUUCGACCAAUGAGGAAAGAAAAAAACGCAAAAGAGAACUAGAACAAAAGAAAUACCAGAAAAUUAAGAGAGACCCAGUAUUAUACGCUCAAUAUCAACUAAAAAAUAAAGCUAAAUAUGAGAAAAGGAAGGCAGAGAAGAAAGUGACUUCUAUUAAAGAGAUGACACCUAGAGCCAAGAGAGCGCAAAGAAAAAAAUGGCGUGAUACUUUCAAUGCCUAUUAUAAAAGAAAGAAAGAUGCAAAAGCCGCUGCAAUGAGAUUUGUGGAGUUACAUAGCCCCCCCCCCAGACAACAUGAUGCUGCUGCUGUUUGGGCACACGUAGUUCCUAUCCUUGAAUAUCUCAAACAAAAGGCACCCCAAAUUACGAUUCUUCACUUUGUUUCGGAUUCUGCCACAAGCCAAUACAGAAAUUACAAAACAUUCUUUGUUAUCGGUGCCUUAAAAUGGUAUAAUACUAGUCUGGCCUCAUUGACCUGGAACUACACUGAGUCAGGUCAUGGCAAGGGGGCACCCGACGGUGUUGGAGGGACGUUGAAACGCACUGCUGAUGCAAUUGUUUCCGGUAGCCACGAUAUUCCCGAUUUCGACACUUUUCUCGAUAAAUUAAAAACUAAUGUGAAAAAUAUCGUAAUUGAAGUAGUAUCAGAUUACGAUAUUGUAGAAAAAGAUAUACUGUUCCCUACUGAUCUCCGUCCUUUCAAAGGGAGCCAACAAGUUCACCAAGUUGUUUGGAAUGACAGCGAUAAGUAUCAGGUGACAAUGCGAAACCUAAGUUGUGUUGAAAAAGCUUGUAUUAUUCAGCCUCGCUGCUGUAAUCAUGUCAAAUAUCUUGGCUUACAUGUCCUUAGCCCCGAUAUUUUGUCUAGCUCUGCCGAUUCAGAUCCAGCUGAUGAGAUAGAGAAUACUGAUCAAUCAAAUAUAUUUUCUUCUGUAGUUCCUUUACACAGAUCUUACGCAUUUUGUGUUACGAGUGAAAACAAUCUCCCAGAAGAACUUAGGUCUGAAAUUGUGACUGAGGCAUCAGAUGUGAGAUCUGAAUACGCUGAAUUAUGUUUUUCAGAGAAAAUGAUGAAUGUUCAGAAUUUGAUGACUGUGGAUUCUAUUAAUAAACCGGAGGCUGACUAUGGAUUUAACAUUUCAGAAGAUGUUGAAAUUCUUGAACAUUCCCUUCAGACGGUAAUAAAAUCGGCACUUGACGAACCUCUUGCUCAGCAAUCUUCCUCGGAUUUGACUGAUCUGGCUGUCACUGCUGACUCUUGUGAAACUACAAGAUCUGCUGGUGACAUUUCUUUUUUUCAGCUAUCAUCUCCUGAUAUGGCAGUAUCACUUUCCUCUGUUCAUCGUCCUGAAAUUGGUUCUACAGAGCAUGCAAAAAAUUCUCUCCAGUCAACUUCCAAAUGUGUAAGUUCACAACUAAGAGCAGGACCGUCAAAAAGUAAUAGAAAGACGGGAAAUAAAGGAAAAAGAAAUACUCAAAAAAAUGAAUCCGAAGAAAACGACUGCUUCGACGAAAACAAUGUCCAUGAAGGUGAUUGGGUAGUGGUAAAGUUUGUUUCCGAGAGAAAGAAAAUACAUCGUUAUGUGGGCCAAGUUAUCAAUGAGAGUCUUGCUGGCCUUAAUAUAAAAUUUGCCAGAAAAAUUAAUGACAGAAGAUUUAAAUGGCCAGAGAAACCCGAUAUAUGCGUGAUUGGAAAAUAUCAAGUGAUUAAAAAACUUCCACAACCUUAUUUCAAAUCCUCCUCUAAAAGGAUAGUAGCAUUCGAAUUUCCUAAGUCACUAAGAAAAUUGAACAUUGAUUAA